AUGAGUGCAUCGGACACACCCAGGUUGCUAAUUAUCCGCCGAGGAUCAAUUGGACCUACAGCUAGUGGAUUAAUUCGCAAUUUAAGACUACUAUUCUCACCUAAUUGCGCAACAAAACUUAAGGAAGGUGGGAAACAAUCUAUUAAGGAUUUCUUAUCGGUCAAAAAUUUGCUAGAUCUAUCGCAUUUAAUCAUGGUAUCCCAAUCUAAAAAGUUAAUCGGUAAAAAUAGUGCUGCUGCUACGCUAAAGAUUGCAAAUUUGGCUAAUGGGCCUACAAUAACAUUUAGUAUUGAAAAGGUAGCAUUAAUGAGUGAUAUAUCCUUGGAAACUGAACAAAGCAUUCCGGCACUAAAAUUGCUGAUCCCACCUUUGCUAAUUUUACAUGGGUUUAAGGAUGAACCGGGAAGAUCGAUGGCAUCAAUUCUGCAAAGCAUGUUUCCCAAAAUAGAAAAGGACAAUUUCCGACGAGUAGUGCUGUGCAAAAUGGAUCAGAACUAUUUCGUCGAACUUCGCCACUAUGUAUCGCAAAGGGUGGAUUUAAAUAUCUCCAAAAACGUUCGUGGACUUGGCACUUGUAGGGGACUAAAAAAAAUAGUGUCCCAAGGUCUACCAAUUGUCAAAUUAUUUAACCAAACACGGGAUGAGGAGGAGAAUAAGGAGGUGUUGAUGUACAAAGACCACAUUCCAGGAUUUGAUAACUCCACCCAGGGUCUAAGGUUAAUCGAGAUUGGCCCUAGAAUUACUUUAAAAUUGGUUAAAAUUGAAAGCGAAGUUUGUACGGGAGCUGUAACAUACCAUCGGUAUGUGAACAAGACAAAAGAGGAAGUUGAAAAUUUGAGUGCUAGGGAGCCCAAGCUGGUGAAGAAGAGGAAGAGGGAGAUGGCGCUACUGGAACGUAUGAUUAAACAGGGCAAGAAGAAAGAAUAG